AUAACUGUAAUUCUGGCCUUUAGGAUCAUGAAACCUGGGAGAACAAUGAGAAGGUUGUUUGUCUCAGGCAUCUAUAAUGCUGUCAUCCCCAUCUGUGUCCUGAUUCAACUUAUUCUCUCUGGAGUGUGGCUGGGAACCUCUCCUCCCUAUAUUGACAUAGAUGUACACUCUGAACAUGCUCAUGUCAUCAUUUUAUGCAAUAAGGGCUCAGCUACUGCUUUCUACUGUGUGCUGGCAUACUUAGGAACCCUGGCCCUAGGGAGCUUCACUGUGGCUUUCCUAGUGAGGAACCUGCCUGACACAUUCAAUGAGGCCAAGUUCCUGACAUUCAGCAUGCUGGUAUUCCUUAGUGUCUGGGUCACAUUCAUCCCUGCCUACCAGAGCACCAAGGGCAAGGGCAUGGUGGCUGUGGAGGUCUUCUCCAUCCUGGCCUCCAGUGCUGGGCUGCUGGUGUGCAUCUUUUUCCCCAAGUGCUACAUUAUUCUCUUAAGACCUGAUAAAAACUCUUUGAGACAUUUGAAAAACAAAAACUAGCAAAUAAAAAUUGAUCAUUUUGAUGUAUUAGUUCUCUAAUAAAACCCAUUAGUAUACUAAAAUUAAAUCAUUUACCUACUUUAAAGUAACUUUUUCUGAAAUGUGUAUUUAAAGAAAAAUAAGAGCCCCUCACAUUGUCUCCCAAUCACAGACAUUUUAUUUCAGAAUAGAAGCUGCUGUUAAAAACAUAUUUUAGUAAGUUAUGCAUGUUACUUAUUAAUGUG